AGCCUCUCGUAUAAAGGCUUAAGGAGAUCAACGAAGAACCCUAGUUCCCUCUUUCACAGCAGUGUUAGGGUUUCUGAAGCCUCCAACUAGAAAGGGAGAGGAAAAUGGCACCCAAACCACCUAGUACGGGUCUGUUUGUUGGAUUGAACAAGGGUCACAUUGUUACCAAGAAGGAAUUGCCCCCACGGCCCUCCGAUCGCAAAGGGAAAACCAGCAAAAGGGUGCACUUUGUGAGGAACCUCAUCAGAGAGGUUGCUGGUUUUGCACCUUAUGAAAAGCGUAUAACUGAGUUACUCAAGGUUGGAAAGGAUAAGAGGGCACUGAAGGUUGCGAAGAGAAAGCUUGGAACCCAUAAACGCGCUAAGAAGAAGAGAGAAGAGAUGUCCAAUGUUCUCAGGAAGAUGAGGUUGUUCUAUGUUCUUUUGUCAACAUUGUAUUCAAUACCCUAUAUAUUUUAUUAAUAUAAUUGACAUUCUUUAAUGUUUAUUAUUCUUUGGUGGUUUUCUAUUGCUUAUGUUCUUAUCAUUUGGUGUGUAGGGCUGGUGGAGCUGGAGACAAGAAGAAAUAGGUUUUAUUUGCUUCUUACAGGUUUCGCUAGAUGCAUUUAUGUCUUUGGUGUACGAGAUGUCUUAUUUUUGUUUAGGUUCAGAUGAUUUGGUUUAAGAUUUUGCAUUGAGAAAUGUUUUAUUUAAUCGAGACGGGAUUUAUUGAAAAGAGUACAAUUGGCUUCUUUUCUAUUUUACUACAAAUGCAAGCGAUAAUAUAUAUAUUUUUUA